AUGCUGCGCUGCUGCUGCUCGUGCCCACUCAAGCGCGCCUCGCCCCUGUCGCUCGUCGCCCUCCCGCUCGCCUCGUCGUCGUCCCCACUCGGUCCGGCCUUGGCCCGACUGCCCAGCCCGCACGGCCACCAGGGCCAGCAGCGACGACACUCGAGCAACGAGCAGCACUUCCGCACCCAGCACGGCGCAGUCCGCGUCAACCUCAAGGCCAAGGGCGCAGUCGGCGUCGCCCAGUCUCGAGGAGAACGCCCCUACCAAGAAGACGCCUACGCCGUCCGCUCCCUCGCCCUCCCGCAAUCCGCUCUGCGGUGGAACGUCGUCGACGACCGACUCGGCACCGGCUGGGCACCGGCCACGCGCGAGGGCUUUGACGGCGAGGAGCCAAAGCCAGGCGAGGAGGGCAACGAGGAGGGCGGCAGGCGGCGACAAGUCGCCUACUUUGGCGUCUUUGACGGGCACGGCGGCGACUACACGUCCAAGUACCUCGCCUCGUCGCUCGACUCGCUCCUCGAGGCGUCGACCUCGCCCGACCAGAUCCCGCCCGUCAUCGACGAGUACCGCGCACUCGGCGGCUACCUCAAGCGCUACCGCGGCGGGCCCCUCGACCGCUUCCGCCCCGAGAGCGACCAGUACGUCGUGCACAAGGGCAUGGCGCUCGACGAGGUCGCCGUCCUCGCCUUCCUCAAGGCCGACAACCACGUCGUGUCGAGCCCGGACAAGUUCCCCAAGUCGGGCUCGACGGCGACGGUCGCGCUCCUGCACUCGCUCGACGUGCCCUACUCGUACCCGUACUACGCCUCGUCGCUCGUGUCGCUCACGGUCGCGCACCUGGGCGACACGACGGCGCUCCUCGCGUCGUCGGCCGGCGGGCGCGCGCACCGCCUCACGCAGGCGCACCACGCCGACAGCCGCACCGAGAGCGAGCGGCUGCGCACGAGCGGGACGGGCAUCAUAACCGACUCGUUCGGCGAGUCGCGGUGGGGCGGCGUCGUCGCCAACACGCGGGCCGUCGGCGACCGCGAGUUCAAGCCUGUCGGCGUCAUUGCCGAGCCCGAGAUCAUCAAGCGUGUCCUGCGAGGCAACGAGUGGGCGUUCCUCCUCCUAUGCAGCGACGGCGUCACCGACUCGAUCAGCGACCAGGAGAUUGUCGACCUGUGCCGAGGCAUCAAGGACCCGGAGCGGGCGGCCAAGAAGGUCGUCUCAUUCGCCGAGGAUGUCGGAGCCGAGGACAACCUGACGUGCGUGGUGGUGCCGCUCGCCGGGUGGGGCAAGCUCGGCGGGCUCGACAGCACGGCGUCGCGGCGCGAGUACCGGCUCAAGGGCGGCGGGAUCGGGAGUGGGCGGCAGAAGCGGAUGUAGCUCGG